AGAUAAAAAAAAACAAAUACUAAUUUACUCAGAAGCAAAAAAAAAAUAAAAACACUAAACUAAGCUUAGCAAAAUGACUGGUUUCAGCAACGCUGGAUUUGAAAACGAUGAACCCGUGAAGCCCAAGGCUUUGGACGGUGAUACAGCAUCACUCAGAGAGAAAGUUAUACUUAACCCUGCUGAAAAAUGGCGCAUAUUGAAAAAUAUAAGCGUCAUUUCGUUCGCAUUCAUGGUACAAUUUACUGCUUUUCAGGGUACAGCAAAUUUACAGUCCUCAAUUAAUGCCAAAGAUGGUCUCGGAACAGUAUCGCUUAGUGCUAUUUACGCAGCCCUUGUGGUUUCUUGUAUAUUCCUACCUACUUUAAUUAUUCGUAAGUUAACAGUUAAGUGGACUUUGGUCUUCAGCAUGUUAUGUUAUGCACCAUACAUUGCCUUCCAGUUGUUCCCAAGAUUCUAUACCUUGGUUCCUGCUGGUAUUCUAGUCGGUUUAGGUGCAGCUCCUAUGUGGGCAUCUAAAGCUACAUACUUAACACAAGUAGGACAAGUCUAUGCAAAGAUAACAGAACAAGCCGUUGAUGCAAUCAUUGUACGAUUCUUUGGCUUCUUCUUUUUGGCUUGGCAAACCGCUGAAUUGUGGGGAAAUCUCAUCUCCAGUUUAGUGCUUUCUAAUGGCGCACAUGGCGGAGGUAGUGAUUCAAAUACUACAAUCAGCGAAGAAGAUUUGCAGUACUGCGGCGCAAAUUUCUGUGUGAAUGGCAAUACUCACGGCAACUUGGAACGUCCACCAGAUCAUGAAAUCUUUGAGAUCUCCAUGAUAUACCUUUCUUGUAUCAUUGCGGCUGUAGCUAUAAUUGCUAUUUUCUUGGAUCCACUUAAACGCUAUGGUGAGAAACGUAAAGGUUCACAAUCUGCUCAGGAACUUUCCGGCAUGGAGCUGCUUUCUGCUACCUUCCGUCAAAUGAAGAAACCAAAUCAACAGUUACUCAUACCCAUCACAGUAUUCAUUGGCAUGGAACAAGCAUUUAUCGGUGCUGAUUUCACACAAGCUUACGUAUCUUGCGCGUUGGGCAUACAUCAAAUUGGUUUCGUGAUGAUUUGUUUUGGUGUAGUUAACGCUAUUUGCUCUAUACUAUUUGGUUCCGUGAUGAAAUAUAUCGGACGUACGCCAAUUAUUGUACUCGGUGCUAUAGUGCAUUUCACACUCAUCACUGUUGAAUUGUUCUGGCAUCCAAAUCCUUCAAAUCCACUUAUUUUCUACGCCAUGUCCGGUUUAUGGGGUGUUGGUGAUGCGGUGUGGCAGACGCAGAUCAAUGGUCUUUACGGUUUACUCUUCAGACGUAACAAAGAAGCUGCUUUCUCUAAUUAUCGUCUUUGGGAAUCAGCUGGCUUUGUGAUUGCAUACGCUUAUGCGACAACAUUAUGCGCUCGUAUGAAACUUUACAUUUUGUUGGCUGUGCUAGCUCUUGGUUGCAUUGGUUACGUGAUCGUCGAAAUCUUGUACAGAAGAAAGCAACGUCGUGUCAAGAAGCAAGAAGCCAAAGAAAAGGCAGAACAAGAAGCCAAAGAGAAGGAAGCUGCUGCAGCUGCUGAGGCUCAAGCUAUUGAAGAAACUGACGAUGAACUCGAUGAUCUCGAAGAAGAUAUUGUGGUGACACAUCUUUAAAUGUAAACACAAAAACGACGAUAACAAACCUUUAAUAACGCCCAAUGAAAUAAUUAAAAAGCGCGCCCACGUGCCCUACGAGUUGAAUGGCUCGAUUAAAGUAAUUCCCAAGGAAAACAGCUUUAAAGUAUGCUAUAUUUUUUUUAGUUUGAGAAUAGUCAAAUACGGGAUUCAUUUAAAAUAUAUUAUUUGUUGCAAAUAUUUCAGCAGUUUUUAGCUUAAAUGCGUUAUUUUAUUCGAAAAAUUUAUUAUAAAAAAAGAAAAAAUUCAAAAAUUGAAAAAUUGAAAAAUUGAAAGCAACUGUUUGCAGUCUUAGCAAUUAAGUACAAUUUAUUUAAUUUAAAAAAAUAUGUAAAUAUGUAAAAACGUAAAAAACGAUUUGAUUUUAAAUCGAGAGAAGCAAGCAAUGUGUAGAUUCCUAAUAAUUUAUGAAAGACACAUAUGUCAAUGUUUAAAAUAAUUGAAAUCCAUACAAACAUUCCAGGUAGCUAGCAAUUUAGUCGAAAUGCAAAAAUGUACUUCCAUUUUCAGAUUUUAAACCUAAUAUUUUCGAACUUUGAGAUUUUGUCACAAAGCGUCUUCAGCAAUCAAACCGCAAUAAACCGCAAGAAACGGCAUCGAUUCGCUGAAGUCGAAGAGUAUCAAAUAGAAAUGCACAUAGAAAUGCAUCAACCUUAUAUACACGCAUAUGUACACUAGUAAAUACAUAU